GGUGGCGGAGGGCGGCGGGUGGUGGGGUGGGCAUGAGAAAGCAGUGUUCGUCAGCCGUGCCCUCUCUGUGGCCCUGCAGCAGCCUCUCCCUUCCUCCCCAUGACCGGAGGGCCAGCCUGUGGGGCCUGCCCCCUGUCCUGUGCAUAGGGCCCACCUGCUCUCCAGCCCCUCUCCUGUGGGGCCGGCGGCACCCCCAUGCUGCCGGGCAUGGGCAGGGACGGCCUCUGCCGCCUCUCGGCCUACCUGGAGGAGCUGGAGGCCAUGGAGCUGAAGAAGUUCAAGUUCUACCUGGGCUCGGGGGCGGGCCUGGGGCAGGGCACGAUCCCCUGGGGACGCAUGGAGACAGCCGGGCCCCUGGAGAUGGCCCAGCUGCUGGUGGCCCACUGCGGAGCCCAGGAGGCCUGGCGGCGGUCACUCCGCAUUUUUGAGCGGAUCAACAGGAAGGACCUGUGGGAGCGAGGACAGCGGGAGGACCCGGUGAGCGAUCCCCCGCCUGGUGGCCUGUCCUCGUGUGGAAGCCAGUCAGCAAGCCCUCUGGAGGUCUCUCCUGGCCCCCCGAGCAAAGGCCCUGCCCGCUCCCCGCCCUCAGAUCCCCGCGAGAGCUACAAGGAAUACGUGCGCAGGAAGUUCCGGCUGAUGGAGGACCGCAACGCGCGCCUGGGGGAGUGCGUCAACCUGGGCCACCGGUACACGCGUCUGCUGCUGAGGAAGGGGCACUCCAAUCCCAUUCGGGCCCAGCAGAAGCUCUUGGACACGGGCCGGGGACACGCGAGGACCGUGGGGCACCAGGCCAGCCCCAUCCAAAUAGAGACCCUGUUCGAGCCCGACGAGGAGCGCCCGGAGCCCCCGCGCACCGUGGUGGUGCAGGGGGCCGCAGGGAUCGGCAAGACCAUGCUGGCCUACAAGGUGAUGCUGGACUGGGCCGACGGGAGGCUCUUCCGGGGCCGGUUCGAUUACCUCUUCUACAUCAACUGCAGGGAGGUGAACCAGGGCGCUAGCCUGCAGAGCGCGCGCGACCUCCUCUCCGCCUGCUGGCCCGAGCAGGGCGCGCCCCUCCCGGAGCUCCUCCGCGCGCCCGAGCGCCUCCUGCUCAUCAUCGACGGCUUUGACGAGCUCAAGCCGUCCUUCCACGACCCUCGGGGCCCCUCCAGGCGCCUCUGCUGGGACGAGAACGGGCCGGCGGAGCUCCUCCUCGGCAGCCUGAUUCGCAAGCAGCUGCUGCCCGAGCUGUCGCUGCUCAUCACCACGCGGCCCACGGCCCUGGAGAAGCUGCAGCGCCUGCUGGAGCACCCCCGGCACGUGGAGGUGCUGGGCUUCUCCGAGGCGGAGCGGAAGGAGUACUUCUACAAGUACUUCCAGCACCCCGAGCAGGCCGGCCGCGUCCUGGACUUGGUGAGGGACAACGAGCCGCUCUUCACGCUGUGCUUCGUGCCCCUGAUGUGCUGGGUGGUGUGCACCUGCCUCCGGCAGCAGCUGGAGGGCGGGGGGCUCCUGCGGCAGACGCCCAGGACCACCACCGCCAUGUACAUGCUCUACCUAAUGAGCCUGCGGCAGCCGCGGCCCGGGUCCCCGGCCCCCCAGCCGCCGCCCAACCAGCGAGGGCUGUGCUCCUUGGCGGCCGACGGCCUCUGGAACCAGAAGAUCCUGUUCGAGGAGCCGGACCUGCGGAAGCACGGGCUGGCCGGUGCCGACGUCUCGGCCUUCCUCAACAUGAACGUCUUCCAGAAGGACAUACACUGCGAGAAGUUCUACAGCUUCAUCCACUUGAGUUUCCAGGAGUUCUUUGCGGCCAUGUACUACGUCCUGGACGGCGGCGACGGGGACAGUGCGGCAGGCCCGGACCACAGCCUGGCCAGGCUGCUGUCUGAGUACAGCUUCUCAGAGAGGAGCUUCCUGGCGCUCACCGUGCGCUUCCUGUUCGGGCUCCUGAACGAGGAGACCAGAAGCUGCUUGGAGAAGACUCUGUGCUGGAGGGUCUCCCCGCACACCAGGGCCGAGCUGCUGGAGUGGAUCCGCAGGAAAGCCGGCAGCCAGGGCUCCACCCUGCAGGACGGCGCCUUGGAGCUCUUCAGCUGUUUGUACGAGAUGCAGGACGAGGGCUUCACCCAGCAGGCGCUCAGCCACUUCCAGGUGGUGGUGGUCAGCCACAUCGCCAGCCGCAUGGAGCACAUGGUCUGCUCAUUCUGUGCCAAGAACUGCAGCAGCGCCUGCGUGCUGCACCUGUACGGGACUGCCGACGGGGCCGGCGACCGAGCCGAGGAGGAUGCGCCCGGCAAGCCCUCCGGGACCAUGUGUGAGAGCGUCCUGCCGGACGCCUUCAGCGAGCACCUGGCCAUGGCGCUGCGCACCAACCGCAGUCUGGUGGAGCUGGUGUUGUACCGCAGCCCCCUGGGCGGCCGCGGGGUGAGGCUGCUCUGCCAGGGACUCGGGCACCCCGGCUGCAGGCUGCAGAACCUGAGGCUGAAGAGGUGCUGCAUCCCCAGCGCUGCCUGCCAGGCCCUGGCGGCCGCUCUCGUGGCCAGCAAGGAUCUGAUGAGGAUGGACCUCAGCGGCAACAGCCUCGGGCUGCCGGGCGUGAGGCUGCUGUGCGAGGGGCUCCGGCACCCCAAGUGCCGGCUGCAGAUGGUCCAGCUGAGAAAGUGCCGGCUGGAGGCGGGGGCGUGCCAGGAGAUGGCGUCCGUGCUGAGUGCCAGCCGCCACCUGGCCGAGGUGGACCUGAGCGGGAACGCCCUGGAGGACCUGGGCCUGAGCCAGCUGUGCCAGGGCCUGAAGCACCCUGCCUGCAGGCUGCGCACCCUGUGGUUGAAGAUCUGCCACCUCACCUGCGCUGCCUGUGGCGACCUGGCCGCCACCCUCAGUGUGAACAGGAGCCUGACGGAACUGGACCUGAGUCUGAACGACCUGGGGGACCCCGGGGUGCUACGGCUCUGCGAGGGCCUCCAGCACCCCGAGUGCAAGCUCCAGACCCUGCGGCUGGGCAUCUGCCGGCUGAGCGCUGCGGCCUGCGUGGGGCUCUCCGCCGUGCUCCAGGCCAACCGCCACCUCCGGGAGCUGGACCUGAGCUUCAACGACCUGGGAGACCGCGGCGUGUGUGUGCUGGGGGAGGGUCUGUGCCACCCCGCCUGCAGACUCCAGAAACUGUGGCUGGACAGCUGUGGCCUCACGGCCGUGGCGUGCACGGACCUUUCAUUCACGCUGGGGAUCAACCAGACCCUGACUGAGCUGUACCUGACCAACAAUGCCCUGGGUGACACAGGAGUCCGGCUGCUUUGCAGAAGGCUGAGCCAUCCCGGCUGCAAACUGCGAGUCCUGUGCCACCAGGGCAGACAGGUGUCCCCUCCUUGUGCCAGGCUGUUCGGGAUGGACCUGAGUAAAGUGACCCACAGGAGGCUGGCAGCUGUGCGUGCAGCGAAGCCUUCCCUCGACAUCGGCUGCUGAAGUCCCCUGUUCGGAAGAGGAAGGCGGGAGCCACACGCUCCUCACCCCGAGGCACGGGACCGGCUCCUUCCAGCACUGACUCAGGAGCAGAUAACACAGGCCUCCUGCCGGGGCAUGGGCCCGGACAGCGCCGGACAGUGCCGCGGUGGGCGGGCAGGGCGUGGCUGCAGAGCCCCAGCUCGGCCAUAAGUGGGCCGGACAACCCCAGGCCAGGGGGCGGUGGCUCUCCCAGGGCCUUCGCCUUCUAGGAACGAGGCCAUGUGGGGGGACUCGGCUACCCCUGGGGGUGUGACUGCCAUCUGGUGGGCAGCGGUAGGAAUGACUCCUGACAAGCGGGCUCCAAAUGGGAAGGCCGACACUGCCCCGAGUGCGUUAUCAGAACACUGAUGGCGGCCGCAAAGGGGUGGGGUUGAGGCGCUGGAUUCCCACGUCCAACUCCGCAUGAGUCCUGGACCUGGCGACUUGCCUUCUCACUUUCUGUCUGUCUGUCCCUGGUGAGUGCACACGCCUGUAGUAAGUUUAGCAUAAUUACAACAUGUGGCCGGCAGGUGGCAUGGUUGUUAAGAGCGCUGGACUCCCACAUGGCUGACUGUGGUUGUGGUUCGAGUCUCAGACCUGGCGGCUUGCUUUCUCGCUUUCCCUUUCUCUCUCUUUCACUC